AGGAUAAGGCACGCCACCGCUGCCGCUUCCCCAUGGCCGGCUUAGCGCUGCCGUCCACCUUCCCAAUGGCCGAUCUAGCGCCGCCGUCCACCUACCCCAUAGAAGCCGCAACGCCCACAUCCAUCAUCUCCAUGGACGCCCCAGCGCCGCCUUCGACCUCCAUCGUACCCGCAUCAGUGCCGCCGUCCACCUUUCCCACAACUGCACCAGCGACGCGGUCCACCUCCCCCACGGCUGUACCAGCGCCGCCUUCCAACCCCCCCACUGCUGGACCAGAGCAACCAUUCACCUCCUCCAUGUCCGCCCCAGCGGCGCCGCCGUCGGCCACCACCAUGGCUGUCACCAGCGAUGCUCGCAAGAAGUGACCUCCCUGCAAGAAGAAGAAGAUUCUUGCUGUCCAAGAAGAACCUGCCAAGAUUGCGCCGCCAUCCAUCAUCUCCGUGGACGCCGCAGCGCCGCCUUCCACCUCCAACGUCGUCGCACCAACGCCGUCGUACACUUCCCCCACAGCUGCACCAGCGCCGCCGUCCAACUCUUCCACGGCCAGACUAGCGCAGCUGUCCAACUCCACCACGGCGGGACCGGCGCAUCCCUCCAACUCCCCUACGAUCGGACCAGUGCAGUUGUCCAUAUCCUCCAUGCCAGCCCCAAUGCCGCCGUCAACCUCCACCAUGGCCCUCACCGGCGAGGCUCGCAAGAAGCGACCUGGGCAUGAACUCCCAAGGUCUGGCUCCAAGAAGAAGAAGAAGAUAGCUGCUGUCCAUGAAGCCCCUGCUGAGAAUGCUGUUGAAGCCGUCCUUGCUUCUGAAUCUGACAAGACCAAGUGCCUCAGUGGCUCUGCCAAGAGGAAGCUGAAGAAGCAACAGCCUAAGAAGGAAGACUCUAAUGGGACCGCUGCUGAGAAAGAGCAGGAGGCUCCCAUUGAACAAGACAAAAUUGAGAUGACCCUUGAAGAUUAUGAGAAGGUGCAAGAAAAUAAGAAGUCUCUGGAGGCCUCUAAACCAGAGGAGAGGAGGGUUGUUGAUGUAGAUUUUGAGGGUCUCCAGCUCUUGGAGAAAAAUUUGAUUGAGGAUAAUCAAUCAAGUGGGGUGUUGUUUUGUUAGGCAGCCUUCUGUAGAUGUACAAACUCGUUGGAAUUCCACAUAUUUGAUGCUUGAAUCAGCUAUACCAUUUAGAAGUGCAUUUGAUGCCUUAGGGCAGCAAGACAAGGAGUACGAGUUUUGUCCAACACCUAUUGAAUGGAAAAUGGCUGAAUCUGCAUGCAAAUUGCUAAAAGGAUUUUACACAGCAACCAAACUUCUCUUUGGAUCUAAGUAUCCGACUAGUCAUCUCUACUUCCCCCGGCUAUGUAAGAUUAAGAAGAUCUUGAAGAGAGAGUCAUCAAGUAAGAACACCAUCAUUGCGCAUAUGGUGCAGCAAAUGGAAAUAAAGUUAGAGAAGUAUUGGAAGAAGUCCUACAAGUCGAUUUGUGUUCCGGUUGUAUUUGAUCCAAGGUUUAAGUUUGAUCUACUUGAAUAUAUGUUAAAAGACUUUGGAAGUGAAAUUGAAGCCAAUAAAUGGAUGCUUAAAUUAAAGAAAGCAAUCCAAAAGCUUUUCGAUCAGUACUCUCUAGAGAUUCCUGUUCAUCACCAACAAGAAGAUUGUGGGAGUCCUGGUGCCGAGGAGGAUGAAGAAGACGAUGAUCCACUUGCAGAGUGGGAUCAUUAUAUCCGUUGCAAAAAAGGACAAGCAAAUAAUGAGCUGGAUCAGUAUUUGAAAGAGUUGUAUCCACGGAAGAAAGAGUUGGACAUAUUAGAAUGGUGGAAAAUCAACUCUCCCAAGUAUCCGGUACUCUCUACGAUUGCUCGCGACAUAUUAGCUAUUUCGGCGUCCACAGUGCCAUCCGAGUCUGCUUUUAGUUCUGGAGGACGCAUUGUCAGCGACUAUAAGAGCAGUCUUUCUUGCUCCACCGUCGAAGCUUUGAUUUGCCUACAAGAUUGGCUGAGAACUGAUGGUUAGUAAGGCUUUCUUUUAUUGCUCACAAAAAUUGAUAACCAUAGUUAAUCUAAUAAUUUAUGUGUUUUGU